UCUCAGACUCGAAGUGUUCGGACAUGUAUUGGAAUAUUUCUGACCAAAUUGAAGUCUGGUUUAUCCAAUAAACUUUUAUCAACACUUUUUAAUCUUGGUAAAGAUUCUGUUAGACGUGCUAUUGCAUCAGCUAGAAAAUUCUUGUCUGACAAUUUUGUUCCCUCUAAUCUAGGAUUUAAUCAUAUAAGUAGGGAAGAGGUUAUAACAUCGCAUACUCGACCUCUAGCACAAUCACUGUUUGGAAAAGGAAUGUAUCCAGCAAUUAUAGUCGCAGAUGGCACUUAUAUUUAUAUCCAGAAAAGUUCACAAUUCAAGUUCCAACGUAAAUGCUAUAGUAUGCACAAACAUCGACCAUUGGUUAAACCAAUGGUCUUUGUAACAACUUCUGGUUACAUUAUAAGUGUAAUUGGACCGUACUUUAGCGACGGCAAAAACAACGAUGCACAAAUAAUGAAGCACAUCAUUCAACAUGACAUUGAGGAAUUUAAAGAAUGGGUGACUGAGGAUGACAUUAUGAUUGUCGACCGGGGUUUCCGAGAUGCACUUGACUUACUGCAAGAAAUGGGUAUCCAAACAAAAAUGCCAGCUUUUAAUAAAAAAGGGGAGUCUCAACUUCCAGUUGAAGACAGCAACGUAACAAGACUAGUUACAAAAAUCCGUUGGGUGGUAGAGUCCGUGAAUGGCCGCAUUAAGUCAUGGAAAUAUCUAGAUAGAGUUCUACCAAAUAGCCAGAUUCCAUUUGUAUCUGAUUAUGUCAAUAUUGCCUGUGCAAUCAUGAAUAAAUAUUGGCAAGAACUAAAUACAGGGGACUCAGAACAAGAUGAACAAUUGGCGUCUAAAAUGCUUUAUCUUUCAAAGCAAAAGAACUUACUCCAUGAGAAAAUAAUAGAGGAAGGCCUUGACAAACGUUCUUGUAAAUGGCAAAAGAUUGAUGCUUCAUCCGCCCCUACUUUUCCCCGUUUAUCAGAAGAAGAUAUAAGAAAUAUUACUGUUGGAGUCUACCAACUAAAACUUGCUCCAAGUUAUACAAGAGAACACCUAGAUGACGAUGGUAAUUAUGAAGUUUUUACAUGUGACCAUGAAGAGAAUCUUUUGUGUGCUAAAAUUCAAUCAAGACAUAUAUCAUCAAAAUGCUAUCGUGUAUGGGUUAAAUAUGAUGACAUUAGUGUCGUGGGUUGGUAUUGCCAGUGCAAAGCCGGAAGUCGUGUUGUAGGAACCUGCUCUCAUGUUACGGCCUUAAUUUGGUAUCUUGGUAUUGGAAAGUACACGGAUAGAAUUUUUGAAAACUGUCGUGAUUGGAGCAAAUAUCUUCUUGAUGCUCGUAACCUGCCAGAUCCAGUUACUGUUGACGAAAGUGACAACGAGGAAGCAAAUGAUGAAGAGUGAAUGACGUGAAAAUUCAUUAUUUGUUUUUUAAUUUGAAAGAAAUGACAAAACGUUUA